GAUUUCCUUUACCACGCUGCCGUCUUUGUCUUCUACUUUGGGACCUUCUUACUGCAAACUGCAACCACCUCUUUGCACAGUCACCCCCUUAAGACGACCAAUUUCGCCCCCAACAUCACCCAUGGAGCACUUCUAGAUAGCCAUGAAUAUAAUUUAAGCAUAGCAGCUGCGAUUUUUUCCUUUGUAACAACGGUGUGCUACGGGUGCAGCACCACCCUGGCUUUAAGAAGAUGGAAAUUAUAGCAUCGGAAAGAGGCCACCAGCUCCACUACAUUCUAGCUGAUUUUGACACCUGCUCAAAUCUCAAACAGAGUCCAACUUGUCCAUCCGAGAGGAGUGGCGUUCAAAAGAAUGUUUUGGAAGACAUCUAUUGUUUUCUAAAGCACUGAGAUGAACAUACUCAACUCAUGCCAUACGUAUAUAUACACUCUCAGGGGUGGUGGUGGUGGGAGAAAUCUGUGUUUAUGUUGAGAUUGUAUUGCAGCUGCUAUCUCGGUUCAGCAGCACCAUUUCCCUUGUCUCCCAAAAGUGGGCGUAGUAUUAAGAACCCAGGUCUUAGGAAAAGAAGGGAUUAUUAUCAGUUUGGGAUGCAACAAAAUUCCUAGCUUGAUGAGAGGCAGACCUAGCAAUAGUGUAUAUAUAUAUUUAUAUUCUUUCUUCAGUGAGAAUAAGGUAGAAAUUUCUGUUAAAACAGCAACAACUUUCAUCCUCGUUUUCAGAUGGAAUCUUUUGUUUUCUUCCCCACACCGUGCUUCUGAAAUAACGGUUCCACCACAAAUGCGCGCACAACAAAAGCGCGC